GAUGAAUAAUUUUAUAGAAUAUACUAGUGAGUCGACUUCUAUAACGGCCGAUGUUCAAGGUGACCAUUUAGAAACUUAAGGAAACGUUAGCGCUGCAUACCUCAUACCUUUGACGUCAGAAAAACUUCCCAUAGUAAAUGGUGACUAAAUAGUACAAUCAUAAGAACUCUAUCCACUGUCGUGAAUCGUCGUAUCUAUUGCAGCCUACUGCAGAGUGCAAUAUUUAAAUCAACUUGUUACUUAUUGGAGCAAAAAUGGUUGUAAACUGUUUUGAAACUUGUCGUGCCAUUGAUUUUUGGAACAGAAGAAAUCAGCUAAACUUUCCUGGAAUCGUUCGUUUGGAGCACCAUCAAGUAAUCUUGAAACCCUUUAACGGUACCUGGGAAAAUUCCGAAAAACCAGAGAACCAGAGAAAAAAUCGUUACAACAUUCGAUGCUGGGAUCACAACCGAGUAAUUCUUAAAUCUGGCAGUGGAAGUACAUCGAAUUAUAUUCACGCAAAUUACGUCGACGGCUUUGAAGAUGAUAAAAAAUUUAUCAUCACUCAAGGACCAAUGGAGGAAACUUGCAACGAUUUUUGGAAGGCAGUUUGGCAGAAUAAUUGUUCUAUUAUAGUGAUGUUAACUCCGACAAAAGGAACGAAUGGAGAAGAACUCUGCUAUCAGUACUGGAGCCUUAAUGAAGAUUCGAACAUUAUUACUGAAGAUUUUGUGAUUGAAACUGUGAACACCAGUGUGCGGCCGACUUAUAUUUUGACAACAUUACGCAUUACGGAUAAAAUUUCAAAUGACUCACGGAGAAUUAGUCAUUACCAGUAUACCGAAUGGCCCGUUGAUGAAACUCCGACAAAUCAUGUGGAUUUUAUUAAAUUUAUCAAGAUUAUAAACAUCAAUAGAAAAAAAAGUGGCUCGAAUAAUCAACAGCAACUGUUAAGCCCGAUUGUGGUACAUUGCAGUGACGGUGUAAAAAAGACAGGAAUUUUUUGUGCUGUGGAUAUUUCUCUAAAUCAAUUAGUGCUAAGGAAAACAGUGUCAUUAGCAAAGACUGCGGAAAAAAUUCGACAACAACGCCACUCAACCAUCUCAACGCCAGAUGAUUACUUAUAUUACAACCAGGUUAUUAUGUUCUACUGUAUCUUUUAUAUAAAAUUUUAGCAAUUAUCAAAAUUAAGAACUGCGGU